AUGGAGGUAUUUAAAAACGUGACUCUGUUUCUCCGUGAGCUGAGCUCGGCAGAUGUCCUCCAGAAGAGCAUAUUGGCUGCGAACCCUAUCCCUGCGACAUUUCUCUUCGACGUCGAGGAGAAGCUCAGUGAGGCUGUGGAGCGUGUUGACAGGAUCAUCAAGGAAAAGGCUACCGCUCUGCGCUCUGCGAUUAACUAUCUGGAGAAGCUCUAUGCCGACCUAAUGCACACGAACGAGCCCAUUUUCAUCUGCGAACCGCCCAUUGACACGCCCACGUUCUUCCAGUCAAUCUUCUACCAAAAUGCGUUUGUCGACCCGACCUCUGUAUCGGCUGUGCCACUGAGGCCUCUUCCACAGUCGUCCUGCAUCAAUGUCAACCUGGCGAGCAUAUUUGAUAACUUGGUCUUCACCGAUUCAUUUCCCAAAUCUGACUUUUACGAGGAACCAACGCAAAAGAUAUAUUCAUCCUUGGAUGAAGAUGGAUACAUUAUCGGCAACGCAUCGGCAACGACGCGCGAGGCAAAUGUUUAUCCCCGCGCUAGCUUUCAAUCCUAUUUAGAUUUGGCUGUGUUCUCCUACCCUCGUGUUAGCAGUUUUGCCACCACGAGUAGCAUAAUAGACCAGGAGAAGAAGAAGUUUGCCCAAACAUACAACCAAAUAACAUCCACAGACACUAGCGUUCCGGCGGGGAUCAUGCGGUCAAAGAUUCAUUCUGCACACUACAAUCUUGCAGACACCUUUUUCAUAGUGUUGCUGAGUGACUGUGAAGACACCUAUACACAGACCAUCUACCCUAAUCCAGAUAUCUUGCAUGAGCAAUUGGUAGACUUUCCAGAGAUGUUCACAAGAGGUCAGCUGAAGUUCUCCUACAACUUGCUUGGCGAGCAGGAGAUCUACCGCUACGAUGAUGUCGACUACCCCGGAAUAGAUCUGGUCGCCGAGACACUAUAUGUGAAUGUGUCGGCGCAGCAGAAACUAUUGAAGACCUCCCUCCAGAUCUCGGUAGACAUUGCCCAGUCGAUAAUAGAGGCCAAGUCGGGCUUCUCGUCCACCGGCGUCGUCUUUGUGGGUUGGAAUAGCCUCUUCCCUCUAAAGUCCUCCUACAAGGUGUUUACAGGGCCUUCUGACGUCUAUCUAGACUUCAUGAACAGCGUUGUCCGCAACAUCUCGGCAGCCAACCACUGUCUCAUUCCAACACUCUUUGAUCUCUAUGAAGCGCUGCACAAUGUGUAUAUGGAGCGUGUCGAGUACCUGUCCAAGGUGUACCAGCGGCGCAAUCCUCUGUACACUGAGUUCGAGUCACACUACAGGGCUCUCGACAAUUCGGCCCAAACAUCGCCCCAGCAAACCACUAGGAUCCGUCCCCUGGUAGUCUACAUCUUGGGAUCCGGAAUAAGCACGAAUAACCAAAGCAUUGUGAAGUCCACGUCGUCUCUUAAACUCAUCUCUGAACUGCUGAGAAAGAUGAAGAAGAUCAACAUACAAAUAAUCAUCAUCGCAAUUCCUCCGGACAAAGACUCGAGAAAGGAAAAGAGUGUGUUCAACAAGCGCAUGCUCCACUACGAGCAGUUCUGCUGGCUCCGCCGUCUUCUUCUUCCCCGUGCCUUUCAUGUUUUUGAUAUCGAUGAUUACGUGAGCUACAUGACUCAGCACUUUUCAUCCACAAGCAUCUGGUUUCAUCACAGGGACAUCUACUUCCGUCACAUCGUGGAACGGUACCUCUCCCCUCUCAGAAGCAAGGACAGUGAUAUCUACUUCUCUGCCCCAUACCUGAAUCUGCACGGCAGCUCUAUGGUUUCGUUUUGCGGCAACGUGUUUGUAGACCUAGUCAAUCUCCCCAAGAAUCAGCACCCUACCUUUAAUCACACACUGCUGGUCAACACCACCCAGACAUCUAGCAAAUUUAUCAUUGGGUCUGUUUGUGUCGAGCUACCCAUGGGCUCGCUGGUAGCUAUGCACGGCUUGGCCCACAAAACAUAUAGAUCUUUUCUUCUCGACAGAAACAGCUUGUCGAUCCUGGGAUCUACGUCGCGGUAUAAGCCCUUCUGGCAGUACUUUCAGUGGUCUGUGAUGGAGUCUCUUCCGAAGAAUGCUGCAGAUAUAAUACUUCUGCGCGAGCAAGGACUAAUCGAGCUGGACUUGCAUACAGGAUAUAUAGUGCAUUAUAAAGGCCGCCCGUAUAACAAUAGCUUUACGCUCGAUGCAGAUCUUCCGACUGACACGAGUCCCUAUCCCCUGAUAAAUAGAACGCGCUAUCUUUUCUUCCAACAGAUCCCUAACCGCAACGAUCUUGUGCUAUUGGUCUCACUUAAUUUCCACGUGUGGGAUUAUCCACUCGCCCCCAGAAAAACAAUUAACCCACCUCUGGGUAUAGAGUACCUACUCUGUGGAAAUGACUCACCUGAUUCUGCCACAUUUUACACGGUACAGACCGUCUUCUCAAAGGCAUACAAGAAUACCGGCAAAUACACACAAGGGUUGAGCCAAUCCUGGUACUCAACUUCAGCACUGUGUAGCUCUAUGUCGCAGUUAGUGCGUGCCUCACCAGAAGUAUUUGAGAUGAAGUACAAUGCUAGUCUGGUGGGCGCCCUGGGACUGAAUCCUAGUGUCUUGCGCUUCGCACGAUUUGCUGCGGACAAUUCAGGCACCUUGAGAGACUGCUACAACGCGUUCAACGCAGAAGCUACUGGCGUGCCGGGUUCAGUCUCCCAAUGCAUCUUUCUUGACCUUUCUGGAAACGUCCUUGCAUAUCCGUCUUUCAGAUGUACAAACACAUACAACAAGCUCAUCCAGAACUUGCUCAACCAGCCUGUGGCUAGAAGGAUCUCCUUCCAUCGCUCCUCCUGCAUGUGCUCCACGCUUUUCUACGAUAGUGGGGACCCUGUCAUUUUGGACGAUUAUGACACCUACCUUUACAACUUUACUUGUGUUUCUAUGGUAAUAAGACUCUAUAGCAAGUCAGUUCCAGACUUCCUGGACCACCCAGAGGUGGUGGGGUUCUUCAUUGUCACCUUCACGGACCAUGGUUUAAAGCGCUUGUAUACGAAGAAGAAGGCAGAGUUUGUUGCGGAAAUAGCUGCUAUUUGCCCUAACUACGAUCCAAGUCAACAAAUAUAUCAAUGCAACAAUCUCAUGUUUAUAGACUUGCAUACGGCGGACAUUUAUAUAGACGACUUCUCGAGCCUCCUCAUAGAUGCCGAAAAAAUUAUCAAUCCUCAUGUGAGCCAGAUGCAGUACCUGCUGUGGUAUCACGGAUUUCUUCAGUGCGUCUUCAGGCAGUAUCACGACAAAGUUCUUCGAACCAUGGCUGCAUCUAAAGCUUUAGAAGAUAUCUAUACCGCAAUGAUCUUUAGAAAGAAGGAUAUGAUAACCUAUGAUGUCUACUCAAGGCACUUGCAAGAUGCAGAAACUGUGAAAAGGGUCAAAAAUAAGGUUGUUCUGGGUCUCUUUUAUGACAUCAGUGGAGUGGCUGUGGACGCCACGUAUCUGUCGCUGAAUGUAACCCCGAGUGUGGGAUGUAAGCGCGAACUGGAAGACUCGGGAGCUCUCCUUGCAUACUACCCCCAAGCAAACACCUUGAGCUUGGCAUACAGUGACGCCUACUACACUACUAAAGACAAAGCUGAAUUCAUUGCUGUCUCGAUUUAUUCCGAACUGGAACAAAAGGUACUAUUCCCAUUGCUUAUCAGCGUCACUGUCCUCCUGCUGCUCUUUACGCUCCUCAAAACAAUUUUCAGGAGAACACCUGUAGCGUAUCGACUGCGCUUGCAUCACGUAACUGGCCGGUGA